CUACUUAAAAAAUGAGUAGUGCAUGUACAGUCUGUCAGGAAUAUUCCUCUGCCACUCCUCAGAUUCCUCUAUCCCCACGGUUUUAGCGACGAUCGCACGACUGUACAUGAAUUGAGCUGAACCGACGGCACUGCACGUUUCCGCCUUCCCCACAUCUCUCCUCCCCCAAUCCCCGCCGCAAUCUCCAACCGCCCAACACGCCACCACAACAUCCUCCCCUCUGUGACGCCGCCCGCCGGUUCACUGACACCCCGCCACCACCACCCCCUCCCCUCCCCUCUGCGCGGCCUACACAGUUCCGUCCUUCCUCGUGUUCGUCGCUAAAACCCGUCGAACCGUCGCUCAUCUUGACACCCUUCCUCCCGUCGCGUCCUCCACCGCCGCCACCUCGCGGGCCGGUGCCCGAGCGUCUCACCGUCGGCGGUGCCCCGAAUCCAGAAGGACUCCCCUUCCUCCCGCCGCGUCCUCCACUGUCGCCGCCUCGCUGUCCAGCUCCCGAGUGUCCCACCGUCGGCGGCGCCCCGAAUCCAGAAGGACUCUCCGGGUCCGAUCGCGCAAGAACGCCUCCGCCACCGACAUACGCGCCGCUGACAUCGCGCAGAAGUGGCAACCGGACCGGCAGAAGUGGUUCUGAUCUCUUGCCGCGUUCUGAUCUCUUGCCACGUGCGCGCGCAGAAGUGGCAACCAGCAGAUCCAGGAGGCGUACUCCGUGAAUUGGAUUGAUGGAAAGAAUGGGGAAUAUGUUGGCCGUAUGGGAUCCAAUGGAGGAUGCAAGACCUGGAGAAGAAUGUUUGAUCAGCCAGGAGUGUCAUUCUCCUGAUGGGCACACACACUUGCAGUUAUGUGGCAUUUUCCUUCUAGAACAAGCUCAAAAUAUUGCGUUGCUUGCUCUUUCCAGCAAUUCAUGGAUCAUAUAUUUUCUGGUUGUUUAUAAUUGUAGUGGCAAGCUGCUACAUAGUUGGACGUUUCUUGAGUCUGAUGUUUGUAUUGGACCCCAGACUAUCACUUUUAUGCACCGGAUCAUCCUUUUUCUCUUCAGUACUCAUUUCAUGCAUGCUUUCUAAUUUAUUUGACAAAAAACCUUGAUUUCUGGAACAAACCUGAUCACAAUUAAAUGCUUUAUGGAUGCUUAUGAGAUGAUGAUGCUGCUGCUGUCUCAUCUUCUUUGUAGCUCAUUUCUUCCUCCCUUUUGUAGUCAUGGAAAUAAAAAACACAAUAUUAGUGUUGUUGGCCGGAAAGGAGCAUUUCCUAGCCAUGUCAAUGCAAAGAAAACAUUAGUGUUCUUGCUUACUGAUAGAAAUACAUAUAUACAAGAGUAAUCAUUAACAGGCUCAUGAAUGUAAGGAAGAGAAAGGUUCAUUGGUACAUAAGUUGAAAUAUGACUAAUUUCGAUGCUUUUAUUUAGCAACCUGAUUUGGAUACUUUAUACAUCUGAAUACCUAAUAUUUUCGUUUUUAGAUCUGAAUACCUAAUAUUUUCAUUUUUAAAUUUACUCCGUUUCACAGGGAAACUUCAGCAUUCAACUGUUUUCCUGUUUUAGAGCAAAAAAUACAGAUCAAGCACUCACUCACUGUGAUAUAUCGUAUCUGAACAAUUUUGAUAGUGGCUCCAUCGAGUGUAUAACUCCCUGGGGAAAUUGCAUAAUGAAUUUAUUAAUUACAGAGCUUCCUUGUGGUAGUCACAGUACUCAUUUCAUGGCAGUACUCAUUUCAUGCAUGCUUUCUAAUUUAUUUGACAAAAAAACCUUGAUUUCUGGAACAAACCUGAUCACAAUUAAAUGCUUUAUGGGUGCUUAUGAGAUGAUGCUGCUGCUGCUGUCUCAUCUCUGUGCAACCUGAUUUGGAUACUUUAUACAUCUGAAUACCUAAUAUUUUCGUUUUUACAUCUGAAUAACUAAUAUUUUCGUUUUUAAAUUUACUCCGUUUCACAGGGAAACUUCAGCAUUCAACUGUUUUCCUGUUUUAGAGCAAAAAAUACAGAUCAAGCACUCACUCACUGUGAUAUAUCGUAUCUGAACAAUUUUGAUAGUGGCUCCAUCGAGUGUAUAACUCCCUGGGGAAAUUGCAUAAUGAAAUUAUUAAUUACAGAGCUUCCUUGUGGUAGUCAUGGCUGUAUGCUGCUGCUUAAGCUCAAAACCUUACUGAACAUCUGUGCUUGUAGAAGGGUACCAAGGUUGCACAGAUUAUGAAAUUGGGGAUGUGCCAAGGAUUGUAGUGGAUACAUCUGAUCCAACGGUGGAUGCGUAGGUGAUCGCUGCGAAGGUUGUUGGUUUCGUUAGGUCUCAUCUUGUUUGUAGCCCAUUGAAUUGUAGCCAAUAGGUUCAUGGGAUUUUAGCAGUUCCAGGCUGGCCUAACUUACCGGGAUCCAUGUGAUUCCAUCAUGUUUUAAUGUUCAGUUCCGUAAUGCUCUGACCUCAUGCUUGUAGCCAAUUGAAUUGUAGAGGUUGUUGGUUUCGUUAGGUCUCAUCUUGCUUGCAGCCCAUUGAAUUGUAGCCAAUAGGUUCAUGAGAUUUUAGCGGUUCCAGGCUGGCCAAACUUACCGGGAUGCCAUCACUCCUUACCAAAGCAAGAGCAUCUUGGUUUCAGAAACUUUGUUGACUGAGUGUAUAAUCACUGGUAGUCUGUCUCGCAGAUGUCGUCUUCGAAGAAGUCCGGGGGCCGCACACCACUCGGAAACAUAACCAACACUACCGGCAUAAGUAUUGCAAAACUACUUCUGCCUACUUCGAGUUCAUUAUCUAUAUAAAUGUAACAUUGGAUGCUUCGCAACUAAAUACAUGUUGAACCUUUUCAGAUUGGGUUACCAAUAGCAAUGUUGACCCACCAAAGACAUCCAGUUCACUGACACACCCUGAAGAUCCUAAAGAACGCAAGAGGCAACAGGAGAGGGAACGGUAUGCGCUAAAAAGGGAUGAAAUUCUAAAGAAGCAACAUGAAGCAUAUCAUCAUAAGAAAGCGCAAGCCCAUUUGAAAGGCGCUGAACAGCAUCAAACUCAGACAAAUGCCAGACGAGCCAGUAUUAGCAUGCCAUAUGAGCCAAUACAGCUACGAUGUAACCCUGAUAGCAUCAAGACUGUAACCAUUGAUGAUUGUGCCACUCACACUCCACCACCUAAUAAUCUGACGGGAGAGUUAACAAUUGAGCAAAUUGAAGCUAAACGAGUGAGAGAAUGUGCACGAUAUGCAAAUCUGACACCUGAACAAAAGCAAGCGAUACGUGAUCGUCGAAAGGUCUCCGAGGUAUUGCGGCGCAACACCCUAAGUGAGGAGCAGAUCGAAGCAAGUCGUGAACGUCGGAGGGUGCAUAAUAUGACACCCGAGGAGAAGCAGGCAAAGAGAGAUCGCGAAAAAGCAAGAAGAGAGUUGCGGCGCAACACUUUGAGCCAAGAUUCCAUCGCCAUGCAGAACCCAAUGUAUAUCCCUGAGGUGGUUCACCUUACUACGGAUGCAUCUGAUCCUCAUGGAUCCAGAGUCACAAAUGAUUGAUCAAUUCCUCUGGUUCAACCAACGCCUGUUUACAUCCAGUCAGCUUCAGAUUAGAUGCCAGACAUGGAGAAUGCUAAUCAAAUAAUGCACAGACAAUGUGUUACACCUGGAGAAAGGAUAGCACUGCUAGCCCGUCGUAAUGCGCACUUUGCAAGUAGACGGGACAAGAAAGCUUCUGCCUCAAUAGAAGAAAGUCCAACUAUAACUGUAGAAGAUACCGAUGGUUUAGAUCCUCCACCGCAGUCAGGUGUCAUUAACAAUGAAAAUACCUCUCUAACCCCUCAAACUACCAGCAUCCAGGCGCCAACAACACGUCCACCAGUUAGCGACGAUGGUGAUGAUGAUGGCGUCGUAUUCGAUGAGGACUCUGAAGAGGAUGAGGGCUACAUGUUCGCUGGUCAAGACGGGGAUACCGAUGAUGAGGAUAUCGAAUUCGAUGAAGCUGAAGAUGCCUCGGCUACUACCUCUAGCAUACCUGAUCCGUAUGACCACGUGUAUGACAAUAUACCCCAAGCCACGCACAUGUUGAAGCCUGUUGAAAACUGCAAGCAUUGCAACGCGAAGAAGUUCGAGCAUGAGACAAAUGGGUUCUGCUGCCGUAAUGGAAAGAUUAAACUAUGUACCCCAGAAACACCACCCGAGCUCAUGAGGCUCUAGUCGAGUGCAGACGCUGAUGCUAGGCACUUCCGUGAAAGCAUAAGAUUUUUCAAU